UUGUCUGCUUCUUCCCCACCGGUGGUCAGACUUUUGCAGUUUCUGGUGUUACAAUGUUUGAGGCUUAAUGUGUGGUUGGUGGCGGAGCAUGUGGCGGGAGUGUCUAAUGCUGUGGCGGAUUCUCUUUCUCGUUCGCAGUGGGAGCGGUUCCGGCUUCUCGUGCCAGAAGCGGAGGCGGAGGGUAUGGAGUGUCCGGCGUGGCUUUGGGGGAUCUUGGAGGAGAAGUGAUGGGUUUGUUGAGGGAUUCGCUGAGUCCGGGUACUUGGAGAGAGUACGGUCUAAGGACGGCGGCUUUGGUGUGGAUCUUGGGUCACUCGUAUGUGUUUUGGGGUGCGAUCAGAGCGGAUGUCAGACCGAGCGGUCGUCAGUUGGGAUUUAGUUCGGAGUUGGCUACGGUUCGGUGGUUGGGUGUGAGAGGUAUGUUGUGGGGUGGAGUGCUGCGGGAGGUUCAUCGUUUCGUGCGGCUGGAUCGUCCUCCCGAUGUGUUGGUUUUACAUGUGGGAGGCAAUGACUUGGGUAGGCGUCCUUUUAGGGAGUUGAUUCGGGAUGUAAAGUUUGACCUGCUGAGAAUUUGGGCGUUGUUCCCCGGGCUGAUCACGGUUUGGUCGGAUAUUGUUCCGCGUAAGGCUUGGAGGGGUGCGAGGUCUGUGGAGAGCCUUAAUAAGGCGCGAGUUAAGGUGAAUAGGGCAGUGGGACGAUUUAUGGCGAAGAAUGGUGGUGUGGUGGUGCGGCAUGAGGUGUUGGAAAAGGGCGUUGGGGAAUUUUGGAGAGCGGAUGGCGUGCAUUUGAAUGCGGUGGGGACGGAUUUGUGGGCUCUGGGGCUCCAGAGUGGUGUGGAAGUGGCCUUAGGUAUGUGGAGGGACGCGCAGGACCAGCAGUGUAACACUACCAGCCUCGGGAACAGCUCAAGCGCUGCUUCUUGUUCAAGUCCAAAUGGUUACAACACUCAGCAAGCAUUAUUAAACCAGCAAAUGAUGGAGAAGACAAGCAUUAUGCAGAGACAGAUGCAGCAACAGAUGUUAUCCGGAACGGAGAAGUGUAACAAAGGGGAUCAAUUAAGCAGGCAUCUGACCAGACCUCCACCUGACUAUAAAGAUCAGAGAAGAAGCACAGUCGGCGUUCAGCAGGCCACUCAGUUUACCGGUGGCUUGCCAACAGUAGGUGUUAACCCAGACCCUACUCUCCCAAAUUCUCCUUCAACAAAUUUGACACCCCAGAAUCAAACUCAUUCUACAACAAACCACGGAUCUCGAAUGCCACCUCUUCAGGGAAGUCCAAACAUGUAUGGUAAUGUACCAUGUCCUCAGCAACCUAUGUAUAACGGUAUAAACCAAACCAGUCCAAACCAGAUGGGAACAAUCCAAAAUGGUACCGGGGUGCCACGCCAACCAACAGUUACAUCUGGGAAUAAUAUGUCACCCUUCGGUACCCAAUCUGGAAAUAAUGGUCCACCAUUUAGACCCAAUGGACCAACCUCAGCGGGACAAAGACCUCAAAAUGUCAUCAAUAAUUCACCUCCCACCCAGAAGUGGAUGAGCCCAGAAGUAAAACGGCAAGAUAUGGUAGGCUAUACCAAUACCAACCAGUAUUCUAGCCAUACGGUUCAAGGUAUGAUAGGUCAUCAGCAGUUCCCUCAACGUGCUCUGUCGAUGCCCAACCAAGUCAACCCUGGGGUCCAGAUGACUCCUUUAAAUACAAUGGCACCAUCGAAUAGCGGGCAAACUAUCGAAACACUACGGGGCUUUAAUCAUGGGCAAUCUCCAUUGAGAUCUCAGAUGUUGCCAAGCAUGAGCCAAAGUGGUGGAGGGUUGAACAUGCCAGCCAAUACAUUUAAUUCCAGCAAUCAAAUUUCUCGAGCGUUUCCACGAAGUGACUCUACCAGUGACUUGGGUUCCUUUGAUUUUCUUUCUCAAAAUGGUGGACUGGGUUCAUCUCCCAAUGGUGACUCUGACUUUAUUGAUGCAUUACUGAAAACUGGCCACAUCAAUGAUGACUGGAUGAAAGAUAUUAACCUGGAUGAGAUUCUUAAAGGCCACUCCUGAAAUCCUUUUCAGAUUGUUGUAAACAUUUUCAAAAUAUUGUACAUGUUGCAUGGUAUUCCUGAAAAAAAAAAAAAGUAUAGUCACUAGAUUUUAAAAGGUAAGUUUCUCUUUUGGUGGCAUUUGCUAAGGCAGGGGUGGGAUUAAACUCCAUCAGGGAGGGAUGAUGUCCCACCCCAAAGCAACCAUAAGCCCGAUUGUAAGCGAGACUUAUUUUCACUUCAACUAUGGAGAGCGCAGUCCAGUCUCUGGGGGCCAAUUUUAAAGGGGUUGUGCAAUGGAAUUAUAUUGAUGACCUAUCCUCGGGAUAGAUCAUCAAUAUCAGAUCGCUGGGGUUCUGACACUCUGUAGUGGCAGCACAAGUGCUGUAAUUACUCUAGGCCGUCUCUACAAAGCGAGACAAUGCGCAGCUCUUGCUCAAGCGGCACCUCCUCUUCAAACAGCUGAUCGGCGGGGUUCCGGGUGUCGGACCAUCAUGGAUCUGAUAUUAAUGACCUAUCCUAAAGAUAGAUCAUCCAUAUAAACCCACUGCACAAUCCCUUUAAGUUUUGGGCCUGGAGGACAAGAUGAUACUGCAUUUUGUACAUACAGUAGCAGUCUAUUUCUAAUAUUUCCGUGUAUAUAGUUUUGAAGUUCAUCAUUAAAAAUAAUGCAUUUUCCAGUAAUAUGUAAAAUUUCUGUAUAUUUUCUUGUUACGUCAUACUGCAGCAUGUCUGCCUCUGCUUGUUGUAUUACUGGCCAAUAAUCUGUAAUACAUUAUGGCCAAUACUUUACCUUCACCGAUCAGCUGUUUUGGGCAGCCACUGGAAAUUAUACAGUGGAUAGAAGGCUCUGUUCACUGUGAAGUUUCCUGCACUGGUGUAUUCAAUGGGAGCUGAGCGGCAGAACCCCGGCCACGGCCACUACAGAAUGGAUGGAACCUUGAGCUUCUAGUUUCGAGCUAGUUAUCUAAGUCCCCUUUAAGUAAAUUUGUAUGGUCUGUAUAAAGGUUGAUUUUCAAUCCAAAUACACUUUGGGGGGAAAAAAAAACAUAUUUGGGAAGAGUGCCCUUUCGAGGGUUUUGGCCCAUCUUAGACAUUUAUGGCAUUCGCUAGGAUAUGCCAUCAAUGUUAGUCAGGAGCGGGUCCCAUGUGGAAUCCGCACUUGUCUCCGGAAUGUGGCCCCUGAAAUAAACAGAGAGCAGCCACGCAUGCCUGGCCACCCUCCGUUCACCGCCAUUAGAGUUCUAAAAUAUCCAAGCGCUGUCUCGGCUAUUUCCAACUGUCACAUAGAGAUGAAUGGAGCAGUGGAUGCACUUGCACUGUCCCCUCUCUAUUCACCACUAUGGGACUUCUGAAAACAGCCGAGGGCAUUUGCUUGGCUACUUUUGGAACUCCCAUAGCAAUGGAGAGUAUGCUGCGCAUGCGCGGUGUGCUCUUCUUCACUUUGGGUGCCUUGUUCUGGAGAUAGAAGCAGCUCCUAGAGGUGGAACCUGCAACUAUCUGACAUUAAUGGCAUAUCCUAACAAUAUGCCAUCAUUGUCUGAGAUGACACAACCCCUUUAACCAACUCAACCAAGUUUUUUGAAGGGAUUCCUCCCAGCAUCCAGGGACCUCAAGCCAAUGUUGGCCAGAAUGGAUGAGAGAAUUGGUCAGAAGGUUACUACUUCUGGCUAUGCAUGUUCAAAGGGGUUUUCCGUGAGUUGGAUAUUGAUGACCUAUCCUCCGCAUAUCAUCAGUAUCAGAUCAGCGAGGGUCCAACUCCCAGCACCGCUGCCAAUAAGCUGUGAGCACUGCG